AUGAUGGAAGAGGUGUCCACCAUGAUGGCGUAUGACGCCCACGUUGUGGAGCAGAUGAGUGAGGAGGAGAUCCUGGCCUGUCUCGUGGAGGAAACAGGACCUACGUUCACAGUCCCAACGAAGAAAGCUAAACUGGGAGAAAGCCGGCUACAAAUAAUGGAUGAUGAUGAAGAAGAAGACCCCUUGGACAAAUACCUGAAGGAGAACCGUCGGCUUCAGCAGGCCAGCCUCCGACUGGAGCAGGAGAACGACAACCUGGCCCACAGACUGAUCACCAGCAAGGUCGCCCUGAGGAACGCUCUGGACAAGGCGGAGGACAAAGUGGACGAACUCACCAAAGACCUUCUGUUGACCAGACGUCGACUGCAGGCGACAGAGGAAGAGAAGAGAGGGAAGGAGGAGGAGGCUGCAAUGUUAAAGGAGGUGUUUCGGAGAGAGCUGGAGAAAGCUGAGCAGGAAGUCAAGAGGUCGUCGGGCAUCAUCGCAGACUACAAACAGAUCUGCUCUCAGCUGACAAACCGUCUGGAGAAGCAGCAGGCCGCCCACAGAGAAGAGUUCGAUUCACUCAAGGAGCUGGAGCACCAGAGGGGAAUCCUGACCAAUGAUCUCCAGGAGGCAAAUAACAGCUGGAUCAGCAAGGCUUUCACCUCCCUGCGGACGUCCAGUGGGGGGCUCGGCAGUAUUAGCUUACCCAGAGAUGGGGCUCCAGCAAUGGGCUGGAACUUCCACAGCGGCUCCCUUUCUGGAUGGAGCACCAAAAAGAUAUUGUGGCCUCACAGACACAAUCGAGAAAAUAUCUGAUAGUUUGGACUGUGAUUGUACACAAGUGCAGAUCGUCAUAUCAUGUUAAACUGGACACUAUAGAAGGAUCAGACCUGUCUUAUGUAAGUGUGAGCUGGAUCUUUCACACUUAUGCACACUGUUCAAUACUGUAGCUGCUAUGUCUUAUUUUUACAUUAGAGGGCAGUUUAGAGCACAAAAUGAGCAGAUGAGAGUACCUGAGAGCACCUCAGACAGGUAUUAAUUCACUUUUGUUGUUCAACACUUUCCAACUGCAGUAAUGUAUCC